AAAGACUGACAGGACAUCGACUCCUUGACUUUGGUUGCGGCCCAAAUUUGUGUGGGGUGAUCACCACGCCAGAACGAUUCACGGACAUUGUCAUGGCUGACCUUUCACCUUCUAACCUUGACACCAUUAGACGCUGGAUGGACGGAGAAAAGACAAACUUCAAAUGGGAUCAUAUUUUCAAGUUCAUAGCAGAAUUGGCUGGAGCCAAAGAUGUUUCAGAGUGGACUAAAAGAAAGAUUGGUCACCUAAAGACAGCCGUGAAGAAACUUGUCACUUGUGACGUCACAGUGGAACUUCCAUUAGGACCAGACUACGUUGAGGCAUUCGAUGUCGUAUUUACCAGUUUCUGUCUUGCUGCUGCUGCAAAAAGUGUCGCUGAAUACAAACAGUUCCUGAAAAAUGUGGCCUCCCUUCUUCCCUCUGGUGGUCAUCUUGUCAUGCGCGAUGUAAAGAACAAAACGGCUUAUACAGUUGAUAACAGAAUCUUCCACUAUCUUUCAUUUUCGACGUCUGAUGUAAAAGAUGCCUUAUGCAAUGCCCAGUUUGAGGUUCUGGAGUAUAAAUCUGAUACCUUCUCCAUGCUUCAGUUUGACCCUCCUGAAUUUGAAGUCUUUGUAUUGUUGGCAAGAAAGAUAUAA